AUGAAGCUUUGCCUGUGCUUUUUACUUUUCUCCUCUCAAGCCUUCAUAGCUUGCUCAAUAGCCAUCGGAGAGGAACGGAAGGUGACCGAAAAGGAAGACAUAUCUUUUGAAGGGAACAAGACUGAGACUCCAUCAUUCCUUUCGACAUUCUACGAAGAACUCGUAGAAGAAAAUGAAGCUCAUGGAAUGGCGUAUUUUCUGGAGAGUUUCCAAGCACAAUGUAAGCUAUUCUUAUUUAAUUGCAACUAGUAAGUUUUCGUUUAUUGUCAAGUUAACAUUGGCAGGACGUUAUGGGCUCCUGACAUUGGUGAUGUCUGGGACUUAAACCAGAGCUUCAGAUAACGCGAAGUUAAAAAAAAAACGGAUCUGUUCGAUCUUCUUUGCACGCAACAUUUUAAUAGUUUCAUUAAUAGGCCAUAGAUGAUUUUCUUGUUAAUACACAGAAACGUUCAUUAGUUGAAGCAGCGUCGACACCUAAGUUUAUUUUCUCUAGAAUAGCGCAUUUUGUCAUGCAUCAACUACAAGGGUGGGUCCAUAAUCAAAAGAAGGAAAAAACUGUUUGUGGCCAAGUUUAGUGAAAAUUUGAAAGUUUAGCGAUUGCUAGCAUUACUGAGAAAAUAAUGAAAGACGGAAAUGGAAACAGCAUCAAUUUCGUUUGUAAGGAAUCAAGAGACAGACGAGUUUUUGCUGCCGCCACAUGUCAAAGCACAAGCAGGAACUAUUCGCAAAGCAGACAUUUUCCUCUCAACCCACGAGUUAGGAGCAAACAAGAAGCUGACGGUGUCCAUCCACGAGACACGAACAGGUGUGAAAAUGUCUUCCCGACAACUGUCUACGCAUCAGUCAGGCUGGUUGUCUCUUCCUGUGACCAGGAUCGUUAAACGGUGGAUCGCCCGUAAAGAUGCACCGUUGAGGUUCAAGGUUUUUGUCAAAAGAAGUGGUGGAUUUGCAACCGCAAACACAGAUGAUGUGAAAAUUCCCAAGGUUUGGCUGAUUGUCUACAGCGAAGCCCAGCAGGGACAAGCCUUUCCUUAUUUGGCUCUCAAUCUGAAGACUAGCGGAUCCUCUGUUAGUAGAAUGAGACGCGACAAUUCACCCUCAAAGAUGGCCGCCAGCGAGAAGCCCUGCAGAAAGGAAGACAUGGUCAUAGAAUCACUCGAAUUCGGUAAGACAGCUAAGGUCAUUUAUCCCAGAACCUUUAACGCAUACCAGUGUUCCGGAAACUGCUCCAGCAACACUGGAAAGGCACGAUUUAUCAACCACUCUAUCCUAAAGGCGUUCGUGUCGCAGAAAAACGGAAUCAAAGGCAAAGGUGGGUCGUGCUGCAUUCCUUCCAAGCUGAAGCCGAUAACCUUGAUUCUAGUCACUGACGAAAAAGGCUACCUGAUUAAAACUAUUAGGGAUAUCGUUGUGGAGGAGUGCGCAUGUUACUAA